AUGACGAGCUGUACGAGUAAACGCAUGAAGCUGAGCGAAGGCAUGGACGACAGAAUAAGCAAUCUGCCAAUUGAGAUUAUUGAUCGUAUUUUAGAUAACAUGCCAGUUCGAGAUGCUACAAGGACGACUAUCUUGUCAAGAAAAUGGAGGAAUUUUUGGCCUAUGCAUCCAAAACUCGUCUUGGAUCAGCACUCUUUAAGAGUUAACCGUAUUGAUAAGGUAAUCAACAAAAUUCUGUUACAACGCACGGGACUCGUAUUAAAGUUUCUCUUGGAUCUUUCGUGCAUAAAUUCAUCAAAAUACUCGGAUGUCGAUCAAUGGUUGAUUUUUCUGUCAAGAAAUGGUCUAAAGAAACUUGCUCUCUUGUAUUCGGAGACGCCAGCCAAACCUUAUAGAUUUCCUUCCUAUGUAUUCUCUUGUCCAUCAUUAAAACACAUGGCACUUCAUAAUGUCGUGAUCAAACCGUUUUCCUCUAGGUCUUUGGACAACCUCACUUUUCUAUCUUUUAAGAAUGUCGGGGUUGAGUCAAAUUCAUCGGAAGUUUUUUCCUCUCCUAGAAAUCCACAACUCAAGAAAUUGUCCAUUGAAAGGUGCGUCGGUAUUGUCCAUUUAGAAAUCGUUGCUCCUUUACUCGAAGUCUUGAGAAUCUACUUUAGCUAUGGUGUUAGGAUAAACAGCUUACUAAACCCAAACCUAAAGGAGUUCAACUUUAAUUCGUUGGGCAAAGGGGAGACUAAGAAACAUGGUUUUGACUUAUUAUCAGGGCUUUUCGCAAAAUUGUCAAACAUUCGAGUUCUUCUGUUUGAUGGCUUCUUCCUCAAGGGGAGAUAA